AUGGAGGAUCUGGGGCUGCAUGUCGGGGCCAUUUUCAUCAUUCUCGCCGUGUCUGUAGCCGGGACGCUGGUGCCUCUCGUCUCCAAGCUCAUUCCCCAGUCCAGCGUCAAUGCUAUCGUCAUGGAGUCCAUUCGUGCGUUCUCCUUUGGUGUGGUAUUGGCGACUGGCCUGAUUCACAUGAUCAACGAAGGCAUCGAGAAGCUAAGCGACGAGGCUCUUGGUUCCAUCGUGGAGGAGUAUGGCUCCUUGGGCUUGGCGGUUGUGCUGAUGACUCUGAUGCUCUUACAUUUUAUCGAGUGCGAAAAUGUCGUAUUUUUCGGUGCUCAGGGCUCUGUGCUUCACGGUCAUGGCCACAGCCACGGCGAUCGCACCUAUCAGGCUGAACACGACCACCGCGUUCGCAACUCUGACAGCAGCAUGCGAGAAGCUACCGGCACCCCCGGCGCCGAUUUUCGGGCAAUGCAGCCUUCACCGAGUCCUACGCCAGAGCAAGUGGCCAAAGAAGCCUCGAGCGAUUCCAGCAUCCGUCACACGAUCGCGACCGUCAUCUUCGAAGCAGGUGUCAUCUUCCACUCUGUCAUCGUUGGGCUCGACCUAGGAGUAACCACUGGAACCGAGUUCAAGACACUUUUGACUGCUCUGUGCUUCCACCAGUUCUUCGAGGGGGUCGCUAUCGGUAGCGCUGCCGUCAGCGCCGUUACAAGCAAGAAGAAAUUGUUCCUGAUCAACUUCGCGUUCGCGAUCACGACCCCAAUCGGCCAGGUGAUCGGCAUUGGAAUUCGCAACUCCUAUUCCAGCGAAUCAACCACGGCGCUGUGGGUGCAGGGAGUAUUCGACUGCGUGGCCGGUGGAAUUCUGCUCUAUACAGGCCUCGUCGAGCUGCUGACGUACAAUAUGACCACCAACCAGAAGUUCCUGGCUCGCAGUACUUCACAGAGGUACGCGUUGUACGCCUGCCUGUGGUCGGGGGCCGGCUUCAUGGCGCUUGUCGGUAGAUGGGCGUAA